AGCAACCAAGGCAUUUCCCCCUCCGGUCAGUCACCCUACUCCCUCCAUGAGUGGUUGGUCAGGCGGUGGCCAGCUGCCAGAGAGGCAUUCCCAUCACCUAAUCUGAUAUCGGCAAACCGUCUGAUGUAUCUGAUGACUGCGUUUCCCUCUUUUGGCCGUUCGCUUGGCUCCAUCACUGGCUGGACUGGCAACCUGGUCUGAGUGUUCUUGUUAAUGGUGUUUAAUUCGUUUUUUUCCAGAACAAAUGUCCCUUUGGUGGUCAAGCCCCGGUUUUCCCUCGCCAGCUGCAAAGUAAUAAAAAAAAAAGUUCCAAAACAGAGCCCAUCCCCGUCCUGUUCCUCGCCGCCCAGCACCCCAAAAUUUCCUCCUUUUCUCACUCUCUUUUUCCACACUUUUUGCAGUCAACAACCACCACAAAAGAAUCGACUCCCAUCAGUUUCAUUGACACCUGGUGUGCCUGCAUCGCGCAACCAUCGUAUUUCGAUUCCCGCGUCUUUUCCGAAUUGAUCCAUACGCUUUUGACUGCUGCAUCCCUCCAAACAGCCCGGACACCGCCCAUUUUGUCGCCGACCGCUGUCUCUUUUGCAGCGCCCUCGGCGAGUGAAGGCAUUCAGAAGCAGCAAACUCCACCCGCGACACAACAACCAACGGAGGAGACGCUUGGACCAACCAACGCCUCCGCAUCCCAAACCGGUGCAAAGCAAAAAAAGGAGCCAAUCACCAGCUGGUUUUUAUAUUUAGUUAUACGUUACCUUGAACUUGUCCAUCUUUAUACCGAUAUCGAUACCGAUAUACCACCAUACGCAUACGCCUUUGAGCUACUUCAUCUUUAAACCCAACCGACCACACACAAAGGGGGUUUUUGUGCAGCUUGUAGGGGGCACGCCCAGUGGAGGAGGAUCAAAACACCGCGAUGCAGCAGUAUCACAGCUCAUCACCCUCCCUGUUGUCAUCACCGCCUUCUGCCAUUUCCGAGCCUGGAUCGCCCACUCGGAUCAUCAACGCCGCCAGAGCCAACAUCGAAAUGGACGAGAUCAUUGUCGACCCUGGGUCAGCUGCCAGAUUUGGUAUUAUGCAGCAACAGGUCCAGCAACAGCAAGCCUCCGAGUACCCGCCCGGCACACAACUGACCGCCGCCGGCGUUCCUAGGAAAAAGCCGGGCCGGAAGCCUGGUAGCACAGUCAAGCCGAAGGUCGCACCUGAUGGGACUGUCGAGCCACCCAAGCAGCGUCGGCCGAGGAAACCCAAGGACCCCAAUGCCCCGCCUGUUCAGAGGAAACGCAAAGCCGCUCUUACCGAGAGCAAUGAGACAAACUCGGAGAUGGAUGCGCGGGCUGCCUCUGGUCCCCCAGCAGCAGCAGCAGCUCGUCAGCCCAAGAUCACAGAACUCACCUCGAUGCGCAUGUCGUUGGACGGUGGCGCCGGCUUCGUCCAGACGCCGCCCAAGAGAGAGAGCAUGACCUCGAUGCAAAUGCAGAAUCUCCUCAACAGCGACGAGCCACCUCCGCAGCCCCAGCCGACGGCGCCUGCCAGGCAGAUGUUUGAUCCCAUCCGAGGCAACUACGACCCCAUUAGGGAAAGCAUGGUAUCUCGCGACCCCUAUGGCACCGGAGGUCCGCUUGGCUCACCUCGCGCGCCUGCCCAGGCUCCCAACAGGGCCAGCGCAUCGCCAUCUAUUGCCAGCCUAGUUGAUCCUCCGACCUCCAUCAUUUCACCCAGACCGACGCAAUCGUUUACAACAACUACUUCGCAGCCGCGUUUCCAGGAGCCAUCAUCAGUCCCUGCUUCUCCGGCCAACCCCGUCCUGGCCACCCCUGCUACCAUGCCCAAGCCCACAUUGGCCGAAGCCAGACGUCCCCCGCCACCACCUCCGGCGCCUGCCUCCGUUAGCAAGCCAGAACCCAAAAUGAAUUCAUUUACCAGCAUGUCGUCGAUUCCGAGCGGCUCCUCGCUUGCCGCGGUUGCUGCCCCGCCCGCGCCUGUCCAGAGCAAGAAGAUCGCGGCUGUUGUCCAGCAAGAAACAAAGGCCAACAAGAAGGCGCGCAGCAGCACCAGCAGCUCGCCAAAAAUCAACGGAGUCAAGGAGAAGGACUCGCUGCCGCCCCUUCCAGCCAGCGAGCGCUCCAUCUUGGAUUUCGGGAGGGCCAAGCCCGGCGAGGAGGUCGAGCCGCCCAGCAUCGCGCUUCACAUCCCGCUCAAGCAAGGUGAGAACAACAAGUAUGUCAACUUCAUGCGCAUGGCCGAGGAACGCUACGGAUGGGACGCUUUGCACCCCAGAUUGGCUGCCUCGCGGGAGCGCAAGGCUCUCAUCGCAGCUGCCACGGCCGCUUUGGAGAAGGAGAAGAAUGGCAGCGGCCGUGACACUGGGGACGAAAUGGAGGAAGACCUGAGCGAGGCCGACAACAGCAAUGUGGAAAUGGGCGGCAUGGGCAACGGAAAUCCGGCCAGCGGCCCCGAAGCUGCUCCUGCCAAGCCGGCGAGGAAGAAGCGGAAUUUCAAGGAGGACGAGUACGACAAGGAUGAUGACUUUGUGGAUGACUCUGAGAUGCUCUGGGAAGAGCAGGCAGCUGCGAGCAGGGAUGGAUUCUUCGUCUACAGCGGACCUCUGAUCCCCGAGGUGGAGAAACCUGUUGUGCCCGAGGGACCCCCAAGACGCGGUCGUGGUGGACGUGGAAGAGGAUCCAGGGGUGGUGCUCGUGGCGGCGGCGAGAGCGGACGGGGCCGAGGUGGCGGGCCCGGUUCGAGAGGUGGCACCGUGAGGAAGCCAAGAAUCACGAAGCUCGAGAAGGAGCAGCGGGAUAGGGAGAAGGCGGAGAGGGAGGCGCUGGCGCAGAUGACGAGCAAAGCCGGCGCGACGACACCGGGUCCAGCUGCGAACACGUCUCCCGGUGGUGCACUUAAUCUGUUGACACUUACGCCUCCGGCGGCUGGAACAGGUGUUACUUUGUAA